CAUACACUAUAUUGCCAAAAGUAUUGUCCCCGCCCUCCAUAUCAUGUGAUUCAGGUGUUCCAAUCCCCUCCAUGGACACAGGUGUAUACAAUCAAGCCCCUAGGCAUGCAGACGGCUUCUACAAACAUUGGUGAAAGAAUGGGUCGCUCUCAGGAGCUCAGUGACUCCAAGCGUGGUCCCGUGAUAGGUGGCCACCUGGGCAAUAAGUCCAUCCGUGACAUUUCCUGGCUACUAAAUAUUCCACGCUCAACUGUUAGUGGGAUUAUAACAAAGUGGAAGCAACUGGGAACAACAGCCACUCAGCCACCAAGUGGUAGGCCACGUCACAUGACAGGGCAGGGUCAGCGCAUGCUGAAGCGCACACAGUGCGCAGAAGUCGCCAACUGUCUGCAGAGUCAAUAGCUAAAGACCUCCAAACUUGGUGUGGCCUUCAGAUGAGCCCAACAACAGUGCGUAGAGAGCUUCAUGGAAUGGGUUUAAAUGGCCGAGCAGCUGCAUCCAAGCCUUCCAUUACCAAGUGCAAUGCAAAGCGUCGGAUGCCGUGGUGUAAAGCACGCUGCCACUGGACUCUAG